GAGAACAACAGUUUGCUCUUGGCUUUCGGAAUGGCAGUUUACUGGCUAGCGGGUACGGUGUUGGUCUUUCUGUUCCUCGGAACAGCGGCAGAUGUGGAGACCAAUGGACGGAUUGUGGGCGGAAGUGAGCAGGUGCUACGCAACGCCCCCUGGCAGGUGUCCAUUCAGAUCAGUGCUCGCCACGAGUGCGGAGGAGUCAUCUACAGCAAGGAGAUCGUCAUCACCGCCGCACACUGUCUGUAUGAGAAGUCCGUGACCCUGAUGAAGGUGCGAGUUGGGGCACAGCACCACAACUAUGGUGGCACCUUGGUUCCCGUGGCGGCGUACAGAGUCCACGAACAAUUUGAUUCCCGUUUCCUGCACUACGACAUUGCCGUUCUACGCCUGUCCACUGCACUGACCUUUGGUCUCUCCACCAGAGCCAUCAACCUGGCCACGCAGAGUCCACUGGGCGGAUCGACAGCCACUGUCACGGGUUGGGGUUAUACGGACAAUGGAGCCUACGCCGACACCCUUCAAAAGGCCCAGCUCCAGAUCAUUGAUCGCAGUGAUUGUGCCUCCCAGAAGUUUGGCUACGGUGCGGACUUUGUAGGCGAGGAAACGAUUUGCGCCGCAAGCACUGAUUCGGAUGCCUGCACAGGCGAUUCUGGAGGUCCUUUGGUGGCCAAUAGCCAGCUGGUGGGCAUCGUAUCCUGGGGCUAUCGGUGUGCGGACGAAAACUAUCCCGGUGUCUAUGCCAAUAUAGCUGUGCUGCGACCCUGGAUCGUCAAGGCAGCCAAUGCCAUAUAAAGUGGUUUUUAAAAAUAAAAAGCAUGCUGAAAAACAAAAUAAGCGCAA